UCAGUCCAUCUUCAUCGUACACUUGCGGUAACUGGACAACAUACAGAGCAGAUUGGGGGCUUUCAUUCAAAGUCAAACAUUUAAGUGAAAUGUUAAAAUAAAAAAUAUAAUAUUCAUUAAGGUCAAAAAUAAGAUUUAUACACAAAGAAACAGAAAAAAGCGAGGAACAGCGACAUCAUCGCAGACAGAGAGACAUCAGCCCGUGUUUAGACACCUUGUCUAUCUGCCUAUCUGUGGUUCGGUGAAAAAGCCCCGACCUCUUUCCUUGAAGAUAUAUGGUCUACAACCGACCUUCAGCCGUCCCCUGCCUCAUGAUCUAAGUGGACAGAUGAUAUUGCCACCUCCUGAAACUGUUGUCACAAAGACAGCGAAGAGGAAGUAGAUUGGUGCCAAACUGUGCCUCAAAAGUCUCUGAGGCAGCGAGAGGUCAGCUGUUUGAGAUAUGCCCUCACCCCCCAAUGAUGGAGACGAUCAAGGAACGUCCCCCAUGAACAUGCCACCGGCACUGUCCAAUCAGAAUGGAGUAAAGAGGAAGGUCCACACCAAGAAGAAGAAGAAAGGUUUCAUCACAGCCAACGUUGCAGGAACAAAAUAUGAGAUUGUUCGUAUAGUCAUUGAGGAGAUGACCUUUCAUAAAGCCAGAGAUGAUGAUGAGAUGGCCAAUCUCAUCUGGAACGACUCUGCAGUGCAACAUGAGAAAAUUGCUGAGCUCAGGAACUACCAGAGGAUAAACCAUUUCCCGGGAAUGGGUGAGAUCUGUCGGAAAGACUGCUUGGCAAGGAACAUGGCCAAAAUGAUUAAAAGUCAGCCUCAGGAAUAUAGCUUCAUCCCCAAAACCUGGAUCUUCCCAGCGGAGUGCACACAGUUCCAAAAUUAUGUAAAGGAAUUGAAACGAAAACGCAAGCAGAAAACAUUUAUCGUUAAACCUGCGAAUGGAGCCAUGGGUCAUGGGAUAUCUCUGAUUCGAAACUAUGAAAAGCUCCCGGUCCAGGACCACUUCAUUGUGCAGGAAUACUUGGAUAAGCCCUUCCUAAUGGAGGGCUACAAGUUUGACCUGAGAUUCUACAUUCUUGUUACUUCCUGUGAUCCACUGCGUGUCUUCCUCUACAACGACGGCCUGGUUCGAAUGGGUACAGAGAAGUACCACACGCCAAACGAGUCAAACCUGAAUCAGCUGUACAUGCACUUGACCAACUACUCUGUAAACAAACACAAUGAGAACUUUGAGCGAGAUGAAACGGUGGACAAAGGCAGUAAGCGGUCUAUUGGGUGGUUCACAGAGUUCCUUCGAACCAACGAUUACGACGUGGCCAAAUUCUGGGGCGAUGUAUCAGAGCUGGUGGUGAAGACCCUGAUAGUGGCCGAGCCACAUGUCCUCCACGCCUACCGUAUGUGCCGCCCGGGUCAGCCACCAGGGAGCGCCAGCGUCUCCUUUGAGGUGCUGGGUUUUGACAUAAUCCUCGACCGCAAGCUCAAGCCCUGGCUGCUAGAGAUCAAUCGUGCCCCGAGUUUUGGGACAGAUCAAAAGAUUGAUUACGACGUGAAGAAGGGGGUUUUACUCAAUGCUCUGAAACUGCUCAACAUCAGAGCGAGUGAUAAACGACGGAAUCUGGCCCAGCAGAAAGCGGAAGCCCAGCGACGGCUGUAUGGACAGGGAUCCACGCGGAAACUGACGGCUGGAUCAUCGGAAUGGGAGAAACAACGUCACCUACUUGAGCGCAGGAGAGAGGAACUGAAAGAAAGACUGGCCCAAGUCCGCAAGCAGGUCUCCAGGGACGAGCACGAAAAGCGGCACCUGGGGAACUACAGGCGUAUUUACCCCCCAGAUGACAAGCUGCUCUUGGAGAAAUAUGAGAGUCUCCUUUCAGCUGCCUUUCAGACAUUCCUCGCUGGGCGAGCAGCUUCACUUCAAAAGGAAAUGAAUAAUCCACUGAAACGAAUGAAGGAGGAAGAUAUCCUAGACCUCCUGGAGCAGUGUGAACUGGAUGAUGAGAAACUGAUGGGAAAAACCUCUAAACAAAAAGGACCUAAGGUCCUGUCAUCCAUGCCUGAGAGCAGCCCGACACCCAGAGGGCACAGAGACCCUGAAGACUCUUCGGCCAGCUGCAGCGACAGCAGCUCCGGUUCCGACGCCGAUGGAGAAGAUGAAAGUAGCAGCAUCACGCAGGAGAAACUCAAUCGCCCCGAACGCUCCAGUCGUGUUCAUUGGAAACCUGCCCCUAAACCAAUGCGAGGUGCUUCCUCCUCCCCCAAUUUUUCUGGGCUCAUCCGCCGCUCCAUGUCCUGUCCACGCUCCAUAUCCUCUCUGACUGCGCAGUCACCUACCAACGAGACCAGACAGCCAAAAACAGCCACUCACAUGGCUAAUGCAUCGACCGCAGCCGCUCAAACGGCAGCCACCAUGAUGCAGAUGACCCCGGGUCGACCCCACACAGCAUCUCGGUCCCAGUCGCUCAGUCGCAACAGUUCUACAAACAGAGUUCCACACAGCAGCAGUCUAGGUGCCAUUCAUCCCAAUACGGCACAGGGAGAGACCCCACUGAGUAAAGAGCAGGAGGCCGAGCUGAUGCAGCAGACGCUGGCUGCGCUCGGGGAGAUGAGGAUUCGUUACCCCGGGAAGAGCGAGGAGGAGGCCGAGGCCGUGUUGGAUGAGAUUCUGAACAACUGGAAAUACCAUAAACCAAAAGUUGCAUCUUACUGGCUGGUGAAGUUAGACGCCACCAAACAAAGGAAGGUUUUGGAUAUUGUUCGUACCAACAUCCGCUCAGUGCUGCAGCGGAUUUGGAGUGAACUGGAUGUGGAGAGUCUACGCCUUUAUCGCCUUUUCAACCGGGUUUUUAACCGUCUGCUCUGGAGUCAUGGUCAGGGGCUCUGGAACUGUCUCUCCAGCUCUGGCAGGUCAUCGUGGGAGAGCGUUUUCAGUAAGAGCAGUGAGGUGGUGACCGCACAGGAGCUGAGGUGCUGCCAGCGUGUCGUACAGUUGUGUAGAGACUGUCUGCUUGUAGUCUACAAGUUUGUGGCCGACUCCCGCGGUUCUCUCAGCGGACUUAGCCCAGACUGGGAUGACACAAGGUAUCUGCUGCCAGUCACCUCCCAGUUCAUCAUCAAGUGGCCGUCUUCUAGCUUCGGCCGCUCAGCGUCCUCAACACGCCCCCGCAGCGUCUUUACCGCACGGAUGGGCCACUUCUGAUGGCCGCUGGACUCCGACACCUGCUGGGGGAGAACAUAUUCAGACCUCUGUGAGAAGGACAUAAUGCCUGGGACCUCCGCAAAUUCCAGGAGCGUAUGUAAGGGGAUUUGCCCGCCUGCUUUGGUAAUGAGUCAGAUGCAUAUGAUCGACAGUUCUCUGCCUCCCUUCUGCUGUAAAAAAUAUCUGCUGCAUUGCUUAGGAUGCUGCAUCUCCCUUAGGAUGCUUGCAAAUAAAUUCAUAAUGUUCAUCAUCUUUACAAGACUGUACAAUUUAUUAAUUCCAGUGAAUGUUUUAGUGUCAUGGAAUCAGAAAAUGUCAUGUUCACCUUUUUUUUUUUUUUUUUUUGCUUUGACUUUUGCACUGUUUUUCCCUAAAUUGUUUUAUCACUUAAUAAUAUAAUUUAAUUUUCUUAAUAUGCAAUUUUUAAUUUGACAUCAUUUAGUAUAUUUUACAUUCUGCUCAGAAUUAAAUUUACAACACAGGGCGUUCGCAUAGGUUCUCAACAGAUGCGUGAAAUGACUGACUAUUUAAUUAUGGCGAUGGACACAAACACACACAAACAGCAUGAUGUGUCGCAAUGGCCAAAGAUGUGAGUCUAAAAUCAGGAAUUUGUUUUCCACUGUGGGGAACCUUGUGUAUGUUUGAUUUGAUUUGCUAAUCAGUUUGAUUUAUUAAUUAAAAAUAAUCAUAAAUGUAAUGUGUAAAUGUAAUGCAGUCAGGAAGAACAACACGGAUACAAAAGUUGAAUCUCAUACAAUUGACAAGCUCACUAUUUUAUUUUAUUGUAUUUUUUUUUUAAUGUGGCACAGUGGAGGAAACUACAGAGCCCCUAAAGGGACAUGGUAGUGGAAAAAAAUAUAUAUAUGAGAUGGGAGGAAAAAUAAUAAGUCAGUGCUUUUGCGUUUUCUCACAAAUGUUUUGCAUUCCUCCGAAAAUCCUUUAGGGGUUCCGUAGGAAACAAUUGUAGACCGAUAAUUUUAAAACCGUGCAAACGGAAUGUGUCCAGUGUGAAAGCCCCCCUAAAACUUAUUUAGAAACGGAAAAAGUGUUAAAUAGUUAAGUAUUAGAUUUGGGAUCAGUGUUUGGGUUAGAGGUUAGGUCUAGGGCUUUAUGACUAUUAUAGGUUAGGAAUUAGAAAUGCUUACUCUUUGGAGUAAACGCUAUAUGUCAUUCUAGACUAUAGUUGCCUGUUCUGAAUUUAAAGCUGAGAUCACCUAUCAACUUAAGGGACGUAAGUCUCUUUUACAUAACUUUUAUGAGCCAUACUGUGUAGAUGCAAACAUGAACCUCAGCGUCUGAGCUGACUGAUAUGUGUCCUUGCAGUGUUGAGGAGAGGGAUUUUCAAUAUUGCUGCCGGUAGAGUGUGUCUAUGAUGAGCUCAGUGUGCUAAAAUUUGGAUGGCUGCAUCUUAAAGAUACUUGAAUUAAUUUAUGCUAUUUAUUUUAUUAAAAUGUCUGUUUACAUCUAAUUUAAAGUUUGUUUUAACCAUGCUUAUUCAUUUUAACCAUGGCAUAACCAAUGUAUCAGUGAUUUUAUGAACAGAAUGACCUUUUACGAAAGUACUGUAAUAAGUGCUAAUUGCAGAGCUUUGCUUUGGAUCUAAUUAGGAUACAGUAAAUGUUCAUGUAGUGUUUUAGUAAAAGUGACCUGGAUGUGCCAGCUCAAACCACGCUGUGCCAACACUACUAGCGUAGCAGUGUGUCAUCUCGGUGUGUUAUUGAGGAGCUCUAUGUGACUUUUUUUUCCUUUUUUUAAUUUUUUUUUUAUUUUGGUAAGUAAGAGAAAUUGUAGUGACAGUGUUCUGACAGCCAACUAUUUAAUUCCCUGUGAAAACAGCGAUAACCCGACACAUAUUCAACGAGCCAGUUAUGGUCAUUUUGCCCAACUUACCAUCAUGUCACAAUGCCAAAUAUUAUUUUUGCCUGGAUUUUCAUUCAGGAGAAUGGUUUUUAAUAGCAAUAAAAGGCUUAAAACAUCCAAA